AUGAAUAUUUUUCUGGUGGCGGGGAAUCAGAGCUGAACUGCUCCAGUGUCACCACAGCGCUUUAAAAUGCGGGACUGUUUGACAUAAAUGUACUAUUCCAGGAAAAUAUUGGCCCGUGCUGUUUGAAUUUGAAGAACUUUGUGGAGAAGUGUCUCAAAAUCUGUCACUUUUGGAUGAAAUUAUCACUUUUGUUCAGGGUCCGAUAUGAGUCCACAGAAACGCGCUGCUGAUUCAGGGGUUCUGGAGGUCCGGUUCGUGGGAGAUGAAGAUGUGCUGGAUCACAUUGUUGAGAAACAAGAAGGAUCUAAAGCAUCCAGAGGUUCAGUACAAACUCUAGCAAGCCUGAGGAGCUCUAGAAAGCCAUCGGCAAACCCUGCUGCUGAAGAAGAAGAGGAGGAGGAUGGAGUUUUUAAUGAGCAAAACUAUGUGGAGGCGCUUGGAGCUGGAGCUGAAGCUGGAGAGGAGAAUGGAUCGGUCACUGCAGGUGCUUCAGUGUUCACGUUUCAGACCAUCAAACGCUCCAAUAAAAUGGCCCAGAUGGCGUCGGAGUGGGCUCGUACCCCUGGGAAAAGUGUCACCUUUAGUACACCUGGCAGUCCCGAGGAGGCACUCAGCCCUACCCGUGCAACCCGCAAGUUGACCAGUCAAAACAAAACUCCUCAGAAGGGGAAGAAAGUACAGUUUGUCUCUACGACUCCUCACAGAUUGAGAAAGAGGAUAUCAGCUCCAAAUCUGAAGUCAGACAGUGACAGUGAUUUCUCCCCCUCAAACUCGGAGGAGGAGGAGGAGGAAGAUGAUGAUGAUGAAGAAAAGGGGGCAAAAGCUGAAGCUCAGCCAAAAACGCCCAGUAAGACGUCUGCAGAUGCCGCUGCUCUUUACAAGACACCAGCCAAGAAGAGCAAGAAAGCGCCCGAGCCCAACCUGGUGGAGGAAUAUUUUGAAGCUCACAGCAGCUCGAAGGUUCUGACGUCAGACCGGACUCUCCAGAAGCUCCAGACUCCAAAACUGGAUCGGGAAACACUGCUCAGAUUGCUGGAUGGGAAGCCCUCCUGUUACAUAGAUGAGAUCAGUGAGCUUAACAAAAAGCACGAGAAGAAUUUCAGCAAGUGGAUGCUGCAGUUACAGAUGGGGUUCAACAUACUUCUCUAUGGCCUGGGCUCCAAGAAGCUUUUACUGGAGAAGUUCCGCACCACCAUGUUGUCAGACUCUGUCCACAUGGUGGUCAAUGGCUUUUUUCCAAGCAUUACCCUCAAAUCGAUUUUAAACGCAAUCACUGGUGAGAUGCUGGAGCAUGAUGGGAGUUUUCGUACCCCUAUGGACCAAAUAGACUUCAUUGUGAAAACCCUUAAAAAAGAACCAGACAUCCACAUCUAUCUUAUCGUCCACAAUAUUGAUGGCCCCAUGUUGCGGGGUGAGAAGAACCAGCAGGCCCUGGGACAGCUGGCCUCCAUUCCCAACAUGCACCUGCUGGCCUCCAUAGAUCACAUCAACGCCCCUCUUGUGUGGGACCACUCGAAGAUGAGCUUGUUUAACUGGCUUUGGUAUGAGAUGACUUCGUUUCUGCCAUAUACGGAGGAGACAUCGUACGAGAACUCACUGUUGGUGCAGCAGACGGGUGCACUGGCUCUCAGCUCACUCACACACGUCUUGCGCAGUCUUACACCAAAUGCCAGAGGGAUCUUCAGACUGCUUGCUGAGUUUCAGCUGGAGAACAAAGACAACCCUUCGUAUACAGGUCUGUCUUUCCAAGACUUUUACCAGCGCUGUCGUGAAGCGUUCCUGGUUAACAGUGACAUCACGCUGAGAACUCAGCUCACAGAGUUCAGAGACCACAAGCUCAUUCGCACCAAGAAGGGGGCUGAUGGAGUAGAGUACCUUCUCAUCCCUGUGGAUGCUGGAACUCUCACAGACUUCCUGGAAAAGGAGGAUGUUGAGUGAGCAGGAUCGAGUCAGAAGAGUCCUGUUUCAGUGUCCGCCUCUCUUUCAUCACUGUUGACUGUACCUGUUCUGAAUACUCUGGAUAGGCAGUAGUAAUCUGACAUAGACUGCCCUACUGUCCAGUUUGGUCAGAAAGAGGUUCAGUAGAACAGACUCAGAAUGGGACUAAGGAUUCAGACUAAUUCUGUUGACUGGAACCUUCUGAUUGGAAUGAUUUAGAAAUCUCAAGUACUGGAUAUUGCUGCCCACAGCACUUGUACUGUUG